AUGGUCAGUUGGGUAUCGCGAGAGUUGCACGUUUUCUAUGAGACGCCCAUGAACGUGCGAACAUCUGCGCGUCCCUUCGCUGCAUUUCCUUGCCCGCCGACUCCUUCCUGUAGGGGGAUUCGGGGAAAACCGCUGCGGACGGGAAAGCGAGCCGGCAUUCCUGAGGUCGCGGGAUCCCCGAUAUCGUAUGAAGCCGAAACCGAAGCCCAAGUGCCUCGGAGACCUCCGACGGCGGCCGCGGCAGGGAAGCCGUUCACUGAACAGCGGCAGCGACGAGGCCUGCCUUCCUAUCGGCCGUCGGGGGCGCCCAAAGUCUCACCCGCCGAAGGAGAGCGUGUGCACGUGGGCAUUUUUCAAACGGCUCGUCCCUGGCCCGCGCCGCGAACUCUCGGCCGAAGCUGGACUGCUGCUCAUGGCUUAAGGGUUAUAGUUGUGGGUUCUGGGUUAUACGUUGCAGACAAUUCAUUCCAUCGGAACAACUACGCCCAGACAGCGCCAGAAGCUCCCACCAGCCGAGCCUCACGAGCACUUUUCUCUUCACCUUCGACAACACUCUCUUUCCCGCCUCUGAAUGAGAGUCAAACACGUCUUCCGUCAACAAAACCUGUCGCGUGCAAGGAGGCCCUGUCCGCCCCGCCGCGCAGAGGUGCCCCGGGCAUCCAGGCAACACCGCGGUCGCCCUCCUCGAGGCCCGCCCUUAAAGUCCCCCUCCCGCUUAUCUCUGUCAUCUGGGCCAUUCCUCCUCCGCCCGGCCAUAGCACGGGCGAAAGGCCUCGCACGAACAAGGGAAAGCCUCCAGCGGGUACAAGUGCGCUCUUAAAUGACAGAAGUCGCCGAGCGCCGUAUUGA